GUCAGAAUGCCCUGGCGUGUGUGCGCCGCAUGCUUCCUGGGUAUUUCUGCAGCCGUGGUAAUCCCCUCUGUAUUGUCACCAUUGCUGCAUGUGGUGCCUUUGCAUGGAGGCUAUUCUUACUGUACGUCGGGGGCAGCUCACUUCACCAGCUGCACCAACAGCCCGGAGGAAUUCCCAUUAUACAGCACGGCGGAGCCGCGCUCUAGCUCCUCACUCCUCUCACAUGACACCUGUCCUCUUAAUCUCCUGCUUUUAUUUAGUCUUUUUUUUUUUUUUUUUUUUUAAAUGAGGAUCUGAGGGAGGGUAGGAAAAGCUCCAUCACCUGUCCCCGACGCUAAUAAUAAGCGCACACAUGGAUGCGCCAUGGGCCCGGUAGCGGGGCUUAGCUGCACGGUCUUCCCUGGUGCUGCUGUGUGUGAACGCGCACCCACUCCAGGCCCUGUCGUGUGCACACAGUCACAGCAGCUCACUGAGCAGCACUCGUUUCUAUCCUCGGCUGAUUGUCUCACUACUGUGUGAAACGCGCGGGGGCCUCGCUGGGCUGAUUCCUCCACAUUCUCUGUGUCUCCCGAGCGGCUCAGGGGAGCGACGGUGGGACGAACUCACGCACAUGAGGAACUACAGGCUGUGAAAGACGCAGAGAAGACAGGGGGUUUGCUUUUUAUGCGACAGGAGAACUUCACGACCUUUGAAGCUCAGAUGUGAACUCUAUGGAUGAAGGAUCCAAGAAGCAGCAGAAUCAAUGUCGCCUUCACUUCUUUUAACGUCUCCAUAGCAACAACGUCUCACUCGACGCGUUUUUCUCGCUCGGCGUUUUGCUUCAGCUCGGCAUCAGCGGGAUGAAAGUUCUUUGUCUGCGCGAUCGGAACAAACCACGUACGUUCACACCUGACGGCAGAAUCUAGACUCGGCCCCGCAGGUUUCCACCCAGCGUCUGUGAAGCGGAGUUCAGAGGCCUCAGUGUUCCAACGGCACCGUGAACCGGUUCUAUCAAUAGAUCUGUGCCGGCGGUGGCGCGCACGCGGCUGGUUGGAAGGAGUCAACAAGUAAAAGUUAAAGGGGUGUCUUCACCCCGUCCCACUACACCCCCCCCCCCCCCCCCCCCCCCCCCCCCCCCCCAACCCCCCGCCCCCCUCCCGCCCACACAGUCACGGCCUCAUGUUGGCGAGCACUAACAGGUGCCUGCCCCGCGCACAGACUCCGCCCCCCCGUCGCCCCAGUCGGGCCAUGGUUUCGCCCGGCGAGUCAGAGGAGAGGAGGCAGCGCUGGUAGUUUGGCGAAGGCUUCGUGCUGCACGCCAGCAUCCCAGCGUUGGCCGUCGUGGAUGCUCGCCCCUAUAGGCUGCGGGUGAAUUUGCGGAACGGUUGCGGACUCGUAAGUCAUGAGGCGAUGACGGCUGGACGAAUGGAGAUGAAGCUCGACAUCGUGGUUCUCAUCGCGUGCUGCCUCUGCCUCGCAUCCACGGGUAAGGACACGGCCUGGAGCAAUGAUGUCAGACUAACCACAUAACUUAGCGUUAGUGCAGCCAGUGGACAGAAGAGGGGAACUACCGUGUUUGACUGACUUUGAUUUGACCUUUGACUUCAUGUUAGGGAUAGAGAACAAACACUGAUCGUGUCUCCAUCUGUCAGUCUUCUGUUCACACACAAACCAACUCACUUUGAAACACUCAAAUCACCUAACGGGCAAUUGUUGGUCCAGUUAGUUCAGUCAAUUCUGCCUCCUCUGUUGAAAUCAUAUUUAAAACCUGUUUGCAGCCACUGACUCUUAGCGGAUGGUAGCUCAGCUUGACUCGACUUUGACCUUUUGACCUGCAUUUGUUUUCAACCUCCGUCCCAGUUUGCGGCCUGCUGCUUUUACAGGUUUAGGUCAUUUUACCCCAAACAAUAAAUAAAUAAACACGAGCCACCAGAAAAGACGCAGCGAAGACGCAGCAGAUGCUCAACCCACAUCCUGCUGGAGCGCUUACGCAGUUUUAGCCGAGGAGCAAAGCGCUGCUCUGGAACAUGUAAUGAAUCAUAUUAGCACAUCAUUGUUUGUUAAUCAGAGUCUAUUUUGGUCCCCGAUGGAUCUGCCAUCCCAGACAUGCCUUUGAUCCCAUUCCCCUGCUGCAUAUCAAUUACAUUAGCUCAGCCACCUUUGCCAGCACCUGCCCUGCUGCCUGCGUCUCCUGCAUGUCCUGUCUGUCCUUCCCUGUCUUCCCCACGUCCGUGAUUGGAAUGGCAUUUCAGAGCAUCAUCAGCAUCUGGAUGAUCAGAUGUUAUCCAUUAUUGGUACCACUGUUCAUGCGCUGCUGUUGUGCUGGCGGUGAUUCUCCAGGAGCCUCGGAAACCGAGCGGCGGCUGCACCAGAAGCUGUUCAAGAGCUACAACCUGAAGGUCAGGCCGUCUCGCUACUGGGAGGAGAAGGUGACGGUGCGAGUGGGGAUGACUCUGUCCCAGCUCGUCAGCUUGAACGAGAAGAACGGCGAGAUGACGACCAACGUGUUCAUGAAUCUGGAAUGGACAGACUACAGGUUAUCGUGGAAGCCAGAGGACUAUGACGACAUUAAGGUUUUGAGGAUUCCCCCCAAUAAGGUGUGGCGUCCUGACAUCUACCUCAUAAACAACAACGACGGUCAGUUCGACGUGGCUCUGUACGUCAACGUGUUGGUUUACCAUGACGGGACGGUCAACUGGCUUCCUCCAGCCAUCUACCGCAGCUCCUGCUCCAUAGAGGUGGCGUACUUCCCGUUUGACUGGCAGAACUGCAGCAUGGUGUUCCGCUCGUACACCUACGACGCCAGCGAGGUGGACCUGCAGUACUUCCGGGACGAGAACAGCAACGAGAUCCACGAGAUCGUCAUCGAUCAGAACGCCUUCACAGAGAACGGAGAAUGGGCCAUUCGCCACAAACCCACUCGGAAGAACGUCAAGGAGGACCUGUACGAGGACAUCACCUUCUACCUCAUCAUAGAGAGGAAGCCGCUGUUCUACAUCAUCAACAUCAUCGUGCCCUGCAUCCUCACCAGCGUCUUGGCUAUAUUUGUCUUCUACCUGCCCCCCGGAGCAGGAGAGAAGAUGACUCUCUCCAUCUCGGUCCUUAUCGCGCUGACUGUCUUCAUGCUGCUGCUCGCCGACAGGGUGCCGGAGACGUCGCUCGCCAUCCCCAUCAUCGUCAACUACGUCAUGUUCACCAUGAUCCUGGUCACCUUCUCCGUCAUCCUCAGCGUGGUGGUCCUCAACCUGCACCACCGCACCCCGAGCACGCACAUCAUGCCCGCCUGGGUUCGAAAGGUCUUCAUUCAUUUCUUGCCCAAGUACAUUGGCAUGAUGCGGCCGAACCCGGAACAGCCUAUGUUAGAGGAGACUGAUGACGACGCACUCGCCCAGAGCUUCAACGGGCGCCAGUCUAGAGGGGAGUACUUCAUCCGCAAGAUCAACCCAGACAUCGUUUUACCCUGGAGAGGCAGGUGCGAGAGCACGGUGCAUCUUCAGCGUCUGGCCAACAGCGACAACUACUGUCUGAUCCUCCCUCCCAACCUGAAGUCUGCCAUCGCUGCUGUGACGUACAUGGCCGAGCAGCUGAAGAAGCAGGACGCAGACGACUCGAUGACGGAGGACUGGCAAUACAUCGCCCUGGUGGUGGAUCGUCUCUUCCUGUGGCUGUUCGUCAUCAUCAGCACCCUGGGAACCCUGGCCAUGUUUCUUGAUGCCAGCUUCAACUACACACCUGACAACCCUUUCCCAUAGAAGAACACACACACACACACACACACACACACACACACACACACACACACACACACACACACACACACACACACACACACACACACACACACACACACACACUUUCCUGGAGCAGCUCUUGGUGGCUCGUGUUUACUCUCCUCCAGUCAUCGCUGAUGUGUCCCAUGUUUGUAGUUUUAAACCUACCUACUGUAGAGUACAGUACAUCAGUGUACACUUGCGUAAUAGUUUUGCAGUAUUCUGUCUAACACCAUUGUCACAGCUUCAAAUAAAUGUUUUUGAAAACUGA